CUUGCUCGCCGCUUUCCCAAUCCCCCUGCCCUCUGUCACCGCCCUCCCAAUCCCUCUGCCCUCUGUCGCCGCCCUCUCCCUCUCGUCGUCGCCGCACUCCCACUCUCCUCGUCGUCGCGCUCUCACUCUUCUCGUCGCCGCCCACUCCCUCUCCCCGUCGCCGGUCGAGAUGGACUGCUUUGGAUGCUUCGCCCCAGCGGCGCGCCGAGGGGCCGGCGACCUCAAGCCCUCCAAGCUCACCCACCACUGCACCGACGACGACUCAUUCGCAGACGCGCAGAGGAAGGUGGCGCUGGACGUGGGGAGCGGCUGCGCGCACAGCUUCACCUUCAAGGAUCUGCUGGUGGCCACCGGCUACUUCAACGAGGCCAAUUUCAUCGGCGAGGGCGGCUUCGGCAAGGUGUACAAGGGCAAGAUCUCAAAGACCAACUCGCAGGGCGCUUCCGAUGCGCAGAUGGUGGCGGUGAAGCAGCUGGCCCGGGAGAGUGUGCAGGGAAGAAGGAGUUCCUGGUGGAGGUGCUGAUGCUCACGGUGCUCAGCCACCCCAACCUCGCCAUCCUCGUCGGCUUCUGCGUGCAGGGGGGUGAGUGGCUGCUGGUCUACGAGUACAUGCCCUUCGGCAGCCUGGAGAGCCACCUCUUUGUUCAGUUUGUGUGGUAAACCUUCGCACUACCGGCACGCGCUCUCGAAAGUAAUUCGUGUCGGUUUGGGAAAUCAAAGGGGAAAAGAAAUGAAUCAUAGAAGAAGCCAUCUAUGGUUCCCCUUUCUCAGUUCUGGGAAAGAGGUGACUUUGAGAAUUUGCCUUUUUGGGGUUCACUUUUGGGAACCAUCCAUGGUUGUGCUGCUCUGUCAGAUUGUUGUGCUCUGUCAGAUUUUGGAGAAAGGGGAGCUCCAAGUUUUUGGCAAGGAGAGGGAUGCGCAACUGUCCGUGCAGUUCCGGGACAUCGCCACCAUCGUCAUGGAGAAGACUAUCGAUCCUGAGACCCGGUGCCCCUACACCAUGAACAUGAUCGAGCACCUCAUGCACGACAUACACUUUACGGUCGAUCCAAACAUCACCUCCAAGGAACAGGAGCAAAAAGGAGUAGCCGACGGCUGACCUCGAGCUCUCGAUUGGAGUGGAGGGAGGCGGUCGGCGAGGGAUUUGCGGCCAGCGGGGAAGGAUCCUAGGGAAGGGAGCAGGCAGCCGAUGGGGAAAGGCGACUACCGGCGAGGGAGCUUCUGAUCGCGGCAGGGAAGAGUGACCAAAGAGGGGAUCUGGCUCUCGAUUGGAGCGGCGCAGGCAGCCGACGGGGAAGGACGACGGAGAUGCGGACGGCAGAGGAGCCUGGCGAAGGGGAGGAGUGAAGGAGUCCUCCGCCUGCCAAAGGGGAGGAGCGACGGAGUCCUGGCGGAGGGAAGGAGCGAUGGAGAAAAACGACGACCUGAGCGCGAUUUCCAAUCGGGGGCAGUUUUGUAAUUUCACUAGUUUUCACCUGGUCGGAAAAGACCUCGCAGCGACAAUUAUUUCGGAACGGAGGGAGUAGAAGCCCGUAGCAACCACAUAAAACUUGAACAACAAAGUAGAGGACGUCUAACUUGUUUUUGCAGGGCAUGUUGUGAUGU